AUGUCUUCCGAUUCGUCUGAGAUACCUUCAAUUAAGAACAUUGAAGUUGUUGCUGGAAAAGUGAAUCCACCGAAAGAUGUAUCGAAAUCGACAGUUGAUCCUAAUGAUUCCAAUUCCUCUGACAUACCUUCAGUUGAGAGCUUUGAAUAUGUUUGUGGAAAAAUCGAUCCACUAUCAGAUGUAUCACAAUCGACAUUUGAUCCUAAUGAUUCCAAUUCGUCUGACAUCUGCUCACCUAAGAAAUUUGGAGAUUUUGAUGGAAAAGUCAAUCCACAUUCAGAUGUAUCAAAAUCGAAAUGUCACUCUGACUCUGAUAGUGUUGAAAUAAUCGACUUUAGUGUUCACUUCAGUCCCUACAAAUCCCAGUUGGAGAGGGUAAUUUCGGAAGAGUUAUCUUUAAUUGCCAAAGAAGAGGAGAAGCUGUCAAAAAAAGAAAAAAGGAAGUUGUCUUUGUUAUGUUGGAAGUGGGAAGAAGUUGUAGAUCUAUGUGAAGAUGAAGAAUUGGGUGUAGAUCUACCAUUCAUACCAAAAUUUGGAGAUUUUGAUGGAAAAGUCAAUCCACAUUCAGAUGUAUCAAAAUCGAAAUGUCACUCUGACUCUGAUAGUGUUGAAAUAAUCGACUUUAGUGUUCACUUCAGUCCCUACAAAUCCCAGUUGGAGAGGGUAAUUUCGGAAGAGUUAUCUUUAAUUGCCAAAGAAGAGGAGAAGCUGUCAAAAAAAGAAAAAAGGAAGUUGUCUUUGUUAUGUUGGAAGUGGGAAGAAGUUGUAGAUCUAUGUGAAGAUGAAGAAUUGGGUGUAGAUCUACCAUUCAUACCAGAUGACUUACGUAAUGUCAAAGAUGAGGGUUUCAGUGCUUCUAUUUCGGAAUUGAAUCAUACGGAAUGUAAAGAUGAUGAUGUUGGUUUAUUUCCGAUUCAAACAAAUGUUGUUGAAUCAGUGUCACCUAAAUCAGCAACAUCAACAAUAAAGGUCGUUUGUGAUAAUCAUCAGGUUGAUGUUUCUGACAAGCUCAUUUAUAAAGAUGCUUCUGGUAAUAUGAAAGAUGAUGCUAUUGUGGCACCUAUGUAUGAGGUUGCUUCUAAUAGUAAUGAAAAUGAUGGUGUUACAAAAAGUGUAUCUAAUGAAAAGGAUGUGGAAGAUAAUGACAGAUGUGACAAUGUUGGUGACGAUACUAUUGAAGAUGAUAUUUCUAAGACACCUAUCUCCAUAUGUGGUUUACAAGAUGGUGGAGAAAGUGAAGUUGGUGAUGAUACUAUUAAAGAUGAUAUGUCUAAGACACCUAUCUCCAUAUGUGGAUUACAAGAUGGUGGAGAAAGUGAAGAUGUUUGUGCUGUUAUUGAAGUUGAUUCUUCUGAAAAAUCGUUUAUCGGAUCCUCAAUAACACCAAUGAAGCGUCGACUUCCACGAUUGUGUGACGAGUCUUUUGAAGAUGAUAUUGUUGGUUGA